GGUAAGAUGGCAUCUGGUCAGUCAAGUUUUGAAUAUUAGUUCUAGUGACUCAAUCAACAAGUCAUCUGUUGUUAUUAAUAUGCUGGAUCACAAAGGAGCACUGAACUAUGAAAGGAAUGCAGAGGGAGUGGCUCCACCAUGUAUAUAAGGUCCAUCCCCGUGGAUCUGCAGUCAAACUCACACCUGCUGGAUCUCAAUCAGAUCGGCUGUAAAACGUGAAGAAGAACAAGUUGGUUUCAGGUUGUUGACAACAUCUCAUGCUGGUUUUUAAAUGCUGCUGCACUGACCCGUUAAACCACAACCAGAGAGAAAUACAAACGAUUCUUGGCUCACUCCAUUACAACAAUAAGCCUUGUAACACAAUAUUUCGCUUCACAAUAAGAUAAAGCAACACAAUGGAGCGUCGUUCACCAGACAUUGAAUCCUCUGGUGUUGAUAGGGAGAUGUCAGUGGUGGAGUUGGAUGAGCACUGUGUUUUGUAUAUGAGAGAAAACCCCACAUCCACCAACACGGAGCUGUUCUGUAUGUUGGCCCUGCUGAAGGCCUAUGUUCCUGAGUCCUACCUCCUGAUGUCUGAUUGUCAAAGGAUUCUUGGCCCACCUGAUCCCAUCCAUGGAGGCCCCCCCUUUGAACAGAGAAUGGAGCCUUUUACCAACUUCAUCAGGAAAUCCAGUCCAAACCCUGGACACGUACAUGUAUGUAUGAUUAACAAGGAAUCUGCACAAAAGGCUGUGGAGGUAAUGGUUGACUCUGGGAUUCCCAGGAGUUCUACAGUGGAAAAAAUUGUGUCUCAGGCCGAACCACAUGUUCUCCAGGUCAUAAAAGAUCUGCUGACAAAGAGAGUGGAGAAACGCAAAGAGAAGUUCUCGAGGUUGGUUGAGGAUAUACUGAAGCAUGAGAGUUUUAACGAAGCUCUAUCUCUCUUGGAGAGCGCGUCCAUAAAAUUCAGAGAGAACGCCGCUUUCCCUCAAGUUGUUUCUCGUCUGUAUUACAUUGCUCAAGAACCAUCUGACUAUGUAAUAGCUGAAGAAUGGGCAAAUGAAGCCAUUAAUCGAGCUCCAGACAUCUCUUACAUAGCUGACACUCUUGGGCAGGUUUAUAAGAACCGUUUGUUGAGGCUGGGUGAGGGACCAGGAGAAAUCAUGAGAAUGGCAGACGAGGCCUUCACAGCAUUUGAAGAUGUGGAGAGGAUAGCAGACAAUGAAGAGCCCCUACAGAUGGACACAGAAGGUACUUUCAACAAUCGGGGCCUUUUCGGCUUCCUCCAAGUGGCAAAGAUCGCUUUUGAAAAACUCAGGGAUCAGACACACAAGGAUUUUUUAAUCCAAAACAGGAUAAUGGAAGUUGAAGCCAAGUUUGAAUUCUUUGAGUGGUACCUGACCUACUCGAAGCCCGACGAGACAACUUUAGAGCCAGAUUACUUCUGGAAGGAUGUGGCCCUCUGUUACAAACAUUACACAACAGAAGCAGCAGCUGACUCCACCAGCUUCCCGGGUCUUCUUGACUGUUUGAAUCAAGGCCUUUUCAGGUCCAGGGGGAAGAGGGCAGGAUUUCGGGAGGAGAAGAAAUCAGGGUUGGAUUUAGAGACAAUCCAACGUGAGUUGAAAAAGGACUAUGAGGAAAAUGUUGAUGAUGUCCAAGUAGCCGAGAGGUACAUCCUCUCCAACAUCAUCUUGAGCAACAGGAUGCCGGAUUCUCCUCAGCUCGCCUCGGUGGAAGAACUCCAAACUAUCAUUUUGAGAUUCUUGGCCACAGAAAGGAGUCAUAGAAGUCCAGAGUUCUACCUCUUGGUGCUGCUGCUGUGGUUGUUCCCUGAGGAGCAGCCUCCGGUGCUGCAGGACGAGGACGAUGAAGAAGGGGAACAAGUGCCCACUGAUGGGCAGCCUGGACAGCUGCCUCUUGACCUUGGUUUUGACCCAGACCUACGUCAGUAUGUCACCUUCAUGGAAGAAGCCUAUGAAAGGUCCGGUUAUGCCAAGUACCUUCGAUCCCGUUACCUUUUGCCUCUGUUUUUUCUGGGUAAGGGCUCUGGACUGAGCAAAUGGAUUCACAAAUCACAGCUGGAUGCAAUCGUGGAACAAACGGUGAACGCUGAGCUGGCAGGUGAAAACAAUCCAACUGAUUUAGAGAAAACAAGGCGGGUUAAAAACAUGUGGAGGAACGGUGACGUGUGGCAAUUGCCGGAAAUCCAAAACAUCCUUCGCCCGGUCACGGUUCACGACAAUAAAGUGGAUGUUUGUGCCGGAGGAUGGAAAGAAAAGGUUUCAACAGAGGUUGAACCUAAGGAUCCAACGUUGAGCACCAUCUAUCUUGGCUUCAACAUUAAGGGUCCUGUCCUCUUCAAGGUGGGAGUCCCUCAUGUGAACAAUGACUGACCAGGAACACUUUGGGAUAGAGACCCAGCACAACAAGUGAUGGAAUGACCAACAGAUCACCAUCGGUACCUUGAAAGCCAUCAUUCUCGUGUGAAAUUAUUUUAGGAUUCAUGAAAACUAAGUGUAAGGUUUCUCUAAAGCACCUGACCUUUUUAUUUUAUUUUCUUUCACUCAUUACUCUGAAUUAUCAGUUCUUUUGAAGGUGUAUGGGUCAAAUGUGAUUGACAUUAAUCAGAUUUGUUGUAAUGUGUGGAUAUUCUUAUAUGUCUAUGAAAAUGUCUCAAUCUUAUGUGAUAAAGAUAUUAGAGACAUUUCUCUCAAAUACAUCCUACUUGCUUAUAUACAUAUUUGGGUUGUAAAACAGAUUUUGUGUUUGUGUUUAGUAUUUACAAUAAUUCAUUUUAUCCCCCAUUGCAUUCUACUGGCCAAGUAUUCACUCUCUUAAGCAUCCAAAUGUAUUUAUGACAAAAUUAAUUUCCAUCUCAACUAAAAAGGUUUCUACAAGGGGAGAUAACCCAUUCUUCUUCUACAUAAUAAAGCUUUUAUCAUUACAUUACAUUACAUUAUCAUUACAUCAUGUGGUGUCUAUUGGAUUAAUUAUCAGUAUCUAUAUUAUUAUUUUUAUCAUUAUUAGUUAUUGUUAUUUUGAUUCAUAUCGUUUGUUAUAGAGCACUUUGUGACUUGAUUGAAAAGUGCUAUACAAAUAAAGUUGUGAUUAUUAUAAUAA